GUAUAUACAAAAGAACACUAAGUGUGUGCCUGUGUGUAUGAUGAUGGUGUUGACUCUCCAGUGGACAAAGGAUUAAUGCCACACAGCAAGGACUCUCCUUUUCCCUCAGCGGUCCAUGGAAAGAGUAGUUAAGACCUCGAGCGGUUUAACUGAGCAGUUUAUAAUCCAGAAAGAGUCUAUUUCCUCAGAAAAGCCAUAGAAAUUCCAGAGCAGAUUAACUAACAAUGCGUAGCAAAAGCACUGUUUCUUUCCUGGUUAGAUUUUUUGGCUGUUGUUAAAGGGAACUUUUUAAAUAUAAUGUAACAUAUUGAAGUGAAUGGUCUGAAUGGACUCCAUGGAAUCUUGGUCUCUCUCUGAAAAAAAACUCUUGCUGUGAAGGCUGUGUUUGUUCACAGUAGGAUGCUUGCUAAAAUCUGGACUUUUCUUCAACAAAGGCAAGGCUGGUGCAUAACGGAAUCUAUGUAACAGCUUGUGUGUCUCAAGUGAAGUAUUUGAUUUAUUUUGAAGUCAAACCUUUUAGAUGUACUUUGUCCAUAUGUUCUAUAAUGGGAACGAACAGGUAUGUUACCAUCUCUGCUUCCACUGGAUAUUCUUUUCUGAGGUAGGCUACAAGUCUCAUCAACUGGAGAACAACAUUUUUUAAACGUGUUUUUUUAACUUGAGUGUUUUUACUCGCUGGCAUUUUUUAGACGUGUUACAAAAGACGUUGAAGUGGAGAAUCACAUUCCUUGCUUCAGCAACUUCUCUUCUCAAGCAAACCCACUUCUAGUUGUGUCUCACAGCCAUGGCCUUUGGAGACCUUCUAGAACAGGUGGGCAGCACGGGCCGCUUUCAGGUCCUGCAUGUCACCUUGCUCUGUAUGCCCAUCCUUAUGAUGGCCAGUCAUAAUCUGUUGCAGAACUUUGUGGCCUCAGUACCCCCCCACCACUGCAGUGUCCACAGGAACCUGUCCCUGUCUAGUCUGAGCCCGGAGCAGGUUCUGCUGCUCACCGUGCCCCAGGACAUUAAGAACAGCAGGCCGGAGAGAUGCCUGCGCUAUGCUGCGCCCCAGUGGCAGCUCCUGUCAGAGAAUGGGACCUACAGUCUGAAGGUGAAGCGAGACAGUAGUAAUGAUACUGAAGACCUUCUAGAUGCUGAGCUGCAGGGCUGUAAAGAUGGAUGGGAGUACAGCAUGACAGAGAUGAGUUCCACAAUUAUCUCUGAGUGGGACUUGGUCUGCGAUCUUCGCUCGUUGAAGCAGAUGGGACAAACCAUUUAUAUGGGAGGGGUGCUUGUGGGAGCUGUAAUCUUUGGGGGACUGUCGGACAGAUUUGGACGGCGUUUCCUGCUGCUAAUCUCCAACCUGUUGAUGGCAGUGGGAGGGACAUGUGCUGCCUUCUCCACCUCAUUCUCCGUCUUCUGCCUCUUCCGCUUCAUCACUGGCAUGGCCCUUUCUGGCCUGGGGCUCAACUCCUUCUCUCUCAUUGUGGAGUGGAUUCCCACAAGAGUGAGGACAGUGGUGGGUACAGGGACAGGCUACUGUUACACAAUGGGUCAGCUGAUCCUGGCAGUAGUGGCCUACUUCAUUCGGGACUGGCGCUGGCUAACGCUGGCUGUCUCCGUACCUUUCUACAUCACCUUCCUCUACUCAUGGUGGUUCCUGGAGUCUGCAAGAUGGCUUGUCCUGAACAGAAAGUCUGAGCAAGCGGUCAAAAAUCUCAAAACAGUGGCCCGAAUCAAUGGACGCCGUGAAGAGGGUGACAGAAUCAAUCUUGAAAUGCUGCAGGAUUCCAUGAAGAAGGAGAUGUCCUGCUCACAGGGCUCCUACUCUGUAGUAGACCUGCUCCGCACGCCCACCAUGAGGAACAUCACCAUCUGUCUCAGUGCUGUCUGGUUCUCCACGAGCUUCGCCUACUAUGGUCUAUCUAUGGAUCUGCAGAAGUUUGGCGUGGACAUCUACUUGAUUCAAGUGAUAUUCGGAGCGGUGGACAUCCCUGCCAAAGUAGUGGUUACAGUGUCCAUGAGUAUAUUUGGGAGACGGCCCUCACAGUGCGCUGCACUCAUAUUGUCUGGAGUCACCAUUUUGAUCAACAUAUUGGUGCCAUACGAAAAACAGACAGUGCGCACCACUCUAGCCGUGCUGGGUAAGGGGUGCCUGGCCGCGUCAUUCAACUGCUGCUACCUCUACUCUGGAGAGCUGUACCCCACCAUCAUCCGGCAGAAUGGCAUGGGCUGGGUGUCCAUGAUGGCUCGUGUAGGAGCGAUGGUGGCCCCCAUGGUGCUGCUCCUUGGGGAGGCUGUCCCGUGGCUGCCUGGCUUCAUCUAUGGGGUAGCCCCCAUCUUAAGUGGGGUGGUCGCCAUCUACCUGCCAGAAACACUUGGUGCACCACUACCCGACACUAUCCAGGAUGUGGAUGAGAGAAGUUGCAAGAAAACAAUCCUCAAUGCCUCGCCCAAGAAGGAGGAGCUGGACAUGGUAGAUACCCAUAAUACCCUGUUCAAGGAAGCUGCCUGAAGACUCAUCAAAUGUUACUGACCUUGCCUGUAUAGUCUAAAUAGAUACUACAGUUGCUUGCUCUACAGUUUUUUCACAAAGACCGUAAGGUAGCAAUCAAUAUUGUAACUGGUCCACUGGUGUAGGAGGAAAUUACCAUGAUUUGUUUUGGAAGACUGAUGAACUAUGAGCUACGUAGAAUAAUGAAAUGAUCUGCUGUGGUACACUGUGGUCUGUUUAACAUUUAAUAUUUCAACAGUAAAACAUGAAUUAAUGCUAGAUUGUGAGUAAAUAAAUAUAUGCUACAGUAUAUUGUGUAUUCUAACUACAACUUUAUUUGCAUCUUUCUAUGGGCCAGGCCUAUAUUUUUAUGAACUUUACUAGUAUGCAUUCCUUAAAAUAAUGACCAAGUUAUCCUCACCUUCUAUCAGUAUGAUCAGUAUGAAUGGUCUUAGCCAUGUGGCUAUAUUGUUUGUGACUGUGGCACAAUUUCCGUUACAGUCCAUGAAACUGGUCAUCUUGACUGGGCAUGGUAUUUGUAGCUGGAAUCGGUUUGUGUAGCUUAGGCCUACAGUAUAUCAGGUAGAAAAUAAAAUGUCAGAUGUUG